AUGGGGUACGUUUUCUACGCUUACUGUCUCCGUGACUUUCACAAGGCUGAACUGCCAUUUCCCAGUGGCAACGCGCUGAGACUCUUGGCGAUACAACGAUUUGCCGAACCCCAAGAAGUCUCCAGCCCGAUCCUGAUUCUCGUGGUCUGCUGCUGUGGGCUCUCCUCCAAUCUCCUCGGCAUGGCACUCUUACACGAGCAUGAGAAAUCCGAGCCAGAAACAUGCAAUAUUCCGGAGGACAUGUCUAACUCGGGUCGUCGAAUGACAUUCGAGGGAACAAACAUUCGGUCCGUACAACGCAAGGCACGUAGCUCGAGACGAGCUGCGAGCUUGUCCCAGAUUUCGAUACACCCCACGGCCUUCCGUGCCGAUGUCAUCGCGGCUGCCCAGUCACACGCAGUAGAUAAUACUGGCGAGCAAGAGACCGAGAACACGUCCCCUCUCGCGAGUCAAUCGGGAAACAGCGCUAAGCCAACAGAUUUACACGGUGACUAUAUUCAUGCGCGAAAUGAUGAAGGCAAAGGGAAGGGCAAAGGUCACGACCUGAACAUGGCGGGCGUCUUCUUGCACGUUCUUGGGGACGCUGUGGGCAAUAUAGGUGUCAUCACUUCUGCGCGCUUCAUCUGGUUGACACAAUUCAGCUGGCGGUUCUAUACCGACCCCCUUGUCUCCAUCAUCAUUACGGCCAUCAUCAUUACGGCCAUCAUCCUACAUUCAGCUAUCUCACUGUGCACGGCGGCGUCUCGAAUCCUCUUGCAAGCCGUCCCCAAAGGGAUCAACGUUAACGAGAUCAAACAGGACAUCACCACGCUCCCUGGCGUUGCGGACUACCAUGCCUUGCACGGGUGGCAACUCAGCGACACGGAUGUGAUCGCUACAGUCCAUAUCGAAGUCGAUCACAAGGUCGUCAAGGAUAGCCAUGAGCAAUACAUAGAGUUAGCUUCGGUCAUGCGAGAUUGUCUCGCUGCGUAUGGUAUACAUAGUGCAACCAUUCAGCCAGAAUUCUUUGCGUCGACAGGUGAAGGGACGUCUACGGGAAGAGUCGCAAUCUACGAAAGCACACCGUGA